UGAGCCCUGUGUUUGCUAUCGUGCACCGGGUCACCCCCCGCUGUUCAUCCAGUGCGCCCAAAACCAAAACCUUUCCUCGUGUUCCUCGUUAGACCGCCCUCGUGCUCUCUCGUGCUCUCUCGUCUCUCGCCUCCGCCGGAAAAUUAGGGUUCUUGGAGGCGAUCACUGUUGAAAUUUCGUCCAAAGUUGGCACCUUUUUUGGUUUCUCUUUCGAUCCAUUCCCCCGCCAUCUUGUUGGCGCCUGAAUGCCUGGCGCUGUGAUCUGGCAGAUUUAUAGGAGAUGAACCCUCAGGUCUAUAUUCAGUGUCCAUCAGCCCUUUUCAGUUGCAAGAACUGUUGGCCACUAUCUUUCUGAGUUUAUUCCGAGGGGAACCUCUCAUUUUACAACUUUAUUGGGUAUGGAUGUUAUUCAGAUUGACUCUUCAGAUAGUGAUGAUGAUUUUGGUGGCUAUGGAAGAGGGGAAUCGAGUUAUGUAUCUCAGGAAGGGUUUUCUCAUGUUCCACGACUCAAUGACCAUGUUGAAAUUAGUUUGUGGAAUGAGCAGGAACCAGAUGGAACUUAUUCUGACAAGUGGGGUGUUGAUACGCGAGAUCCAUCACAGAAUAAACAGAGGAUUCUUCCCUCUUCCUUUCAGCCACUGGUGUCUAAGAAUUUACCAAGGUAUUCAAAUUCUCAUGAAGGAACUUCGUAUGUUCCACAGAAUGAGGUACCCCGAAAUAAUGGGUCUAAUAGAUCUCCUAUGGUCGAAGAUAUCACUGAUAAUAGACAUGGGAUUCAUUCUGAGCAGCAAUUGAACGUUGGAAAGAGAACUCUGCCAAAUUCACUUCAGCCAACCAGACCCAGACCUGCACUUGAAGUUUCACAUAGUUCCAUGGGAACUAAUGUGGUUGGUCAUAAGCCGUAUGUUGAUGAUGGCCGGACAAUUGAUGACUUUCACAUGCGCGAAAGCAAUGGCAAACACAGGCAUUUACCCCCUUCAAUUAUAAAUGGUGCAAAUUCAGCGAAUGGCUCAUCCAUGCUAUCACAUUCAUCAUUUAGGAAUGAAAAAUUUCUUCCUAAUUCUAUGCCAAAAUCUAUGAAGGAGAUCAGAGAUGAUAAUUAUAUUCAAGAAAAUGUUGGUACAUCCAGGAUCCUGCCUUCAUCCUUUAUGUAUGGCAAACCUGGUAGCAGUUCUCAGUUGGUGAAUUCUUCUGAUGUUGUAAACCGCAUACCUCUAGGAGAAGAAAGGCGCAUUGAACAUGAUGAAAGAAUUAUAUACCAAGAGGCACUGCAGAACCUUAAUCAGCCAAAAAUGGAAGAUGAUCUACCUGAAGGUCUUCUUACUGUUUCUCUUUUGAAGCACCAGAAAAUUGCUUUAGCAUGGAUGGUUCAGAAGGAGAAGAGUGUUCUCUGUGCAGGUGGAAUUCUUGCAGAUGAUCAGGGUCUUGGUAAGACUAUAUCAAUGAUUGCUCUUGUACAAAAGCAGAUGAGUCUGCAGGCCAAAUUCACAUCUGAUGAUUCAAACAACAUGAAGUCUGAAGCCUUAAAUUUAGAUGAGGAUGACGAUAGCACUAUUGAACUAGAUAAAGGAAAGGAUAUAGAAAAAGAUGAUAAUAAGAAGCCUGUGGCUGAUGUUUCAACCUCCCGCAACUGGAGGCCAGCAGGAGGCACAUUGGUUGUUUGCCCAGCUAGUGUUCUGCGACAGUGGGCUCGCGAACUUGAUGAAAAAGUUACGAGUGAUGCAAAGCUUUCUGUCUUAAUCUAUCAUGGAGGUGCAAGGACCAAAAAUCCUUGUGAGUUAGCAAAGCAUAAUGUUGUUCUCACAACAUAUUCAAUUGUUACUAACGAAGUUCCAAAACAACCUCUGGUUGAUGAUGAUGAUGGAGAUCUAAAGAAUCUUGAAAAAGCUGAAAUAUCUCAAGAAUUCUCCAACAAAAAAAGGAAACAACCAUCAAACACAGGAAGCAAGUCAAAGAAGAAAGGGAAAGGAGGAAAAAACUCCAAUUUGGAUUAUGACAGUGGCCCACUUGCUAGAGUUCGAUGGUUUAGAGUGAUACUAGAUGAAGCUCAAACUAUUAAGAAUCAUAGAACUCAAGUGUCUAGAGCUUGUUGUGGUCUUCGAGCCAAAAGAAGGUGGUGCUUGUCAGGAACACCUAUACAAAACUCCAUUGAUGAUUUAUAUAGCUACUUCAAAUUCUUGAAGUAUGACCCUUACGCUGUCUACAGUUCUUUCUGUUCUUCUAUAAAAUACCCCAUAUCUCGAAAUGCAAGUCAUGGGUAUAAGAAGCUUCAAGCUGUCCUCAGAACUGUAUUAUUGCGACGGACGAAAGGGACAAUUCUCAAUGGGGAGCCUAUUGUGAAACUACCACCCAAAACAGUAUGUUUGAAGAAGGUAGACUUCUCUUCUGAGGAACGGGCUUUUUAUUUGAGGUUGGAAGCAGAUUCGAGGAAACAGUUCAAGGCAUAUGCUGCUGCAGGCACAGUGAAGCAAAAUUAUGCAAAUAUUUUGUUUAUGCUCUUGCGUCUACGGCAGGCUUGUGAUCAUCCAAUUCUAGUGAAGGGUUUUCAGUCAAAUGCUGUUGGUAAGGAUUCUAUAGAUAUAGCAAGGCAGCUUCCAAGGGAGAUGCAGAUCAAUUUAUUAGCUCAUUUGGAAGGUUCAUUGGCAAUAUGUGGAGUAUGCAGUGAUCCUCCUGAAGAUGGCAUUGUGACAAUGUGUGGUCAUGUCUUCUGCUAUCAAUGCAUAGCUGACCGUUUGACAGGAGACGAUAAUUUUUGUCCUGCACCUGGCUGCAAAGACAUGCUCGGUUCUGAUUUAGUUUUCUCCCGUGAAACUCUAAAAAGCUGUAUUUCGGGUGAACUGACUGGCAGCACAUCAGCAAGUAAUACUCAUGAUGAUGAAUCAUCAAUCACACAAAGUAGUUUCAUUUCUUCUAAAAUCAGGGCUGCACUUGAAAUCCUUAAUUCAAUCUCAAAUCCGUAUUCCAAGUUUGCAUCUGAAGAAAAUGAUUUCUUUCCGGGACAUCUGUGUUCUAACACAGAGCCUCCGGUGAAAGCAAUCGUUUUCUCUCAAUGGACCCGCAUGUUGGACUUGUUGGAGAUGUCAUUAAAUCAAUCCCUUAUACAGUAUAGGAGGCUAGACGGAACAAUGUCCCUUCUUGCAAGAGACAGGGCUGUGAAGGAAUUCAAUACUGAUCCAGAGGUUACCGUUAUGAUCAUGUCACUGAAAGCAGGAAAUCUUGGUCUUAACAUGGUUGCUGCAUCUCAUGUUAUUCUUCUUGAUCUUUGGUGGAAUCCAACUACUGAAGAUCAAGCUGUUGAUCGGGCGCAUCGUAUUGGGCAGACGCGCCCUGUGACUGUUUCUCGGUUAACUAUCAAGGAUACCGUCGAAGACCGAAUAUUAGCUCUUCAGGAGGAGAAAAGGAACAUGGUUUCAUCGGCUUUUGGAGAAGACCAUUCCGGUGGCCAUGCUACCCGGUUGACGGUGGAUGAUCUGCGAUACCUUUUUAUGGUCUGAGCGGAUUAUAAAAUCAAUUAUAGCACCAUUUUUUUCCUCUUCUUUUUUGGUGAUGUCAAUCUGCUGGAUUUUUGGUUCUCGAAGCGGGUAUUUUGUAUAGCUUGGGGCAAUGGCAAUGAAACCUUGUGGGUUGAGAUGAUGUCCCAUGCUACUAACAAAAUUAGGGUUCAUCAUUUGUAUAUUAUAGAUAGUUAACCCUUUGUAAUUUUAUUGUAUAUAUUUCAUAAUGUAUUUCCUAGUUAACAACAUCCGGAAAAUGAAAUUCUUGGCAAAUUUUAUGAUCUGAAAUGCAGCUCUGAAUUUGGUUUAUUCA